UGGUGGAAGGGGGUGGGUAGGCGAAUACAAACAAACGUGAUACGGGGUCGGUUAAAAGAGUUAGGUGCCUCGGGCUGUGUGAAAAAUGGACAAAAUAUUGUUAUUUGAUAGUCGAAACGCGUAGCUGUGGAAAUGAAAUGAGCGAGUGAAUAGCAGCAGAGUAUUGAUUGGAUUUUCCAGUGAAGCGAAGGUGUCGAAAGCCAGAAGUGAAAAUGGCGACAGUGAAUAACGGGCAGGUGGUGUUGAAAGGGUACAUCGAGGGAGCACCGAAAGCGGAAGACAUGGAGAUGAAGAUUGGGACAGUGGAGCUCAAGGCACCCAAAGGCUCAGGUGCUCUUCUAGUCAAGAAUCUCUAUCUCUCUUGUGACCCUUACAUGAGAGCUCGCAUGCGUAAUUUCCAUGGUUCUUACAUCCAACCUUUUGUCCCUGGUCAGCCCAUUGAAGGAUUUGGAGUGGCAAAAGUCUUGGAUUCUGAUAAUCCAAAUUUCAAGCCAGGAGAUUUCAUUUCAGGAUUCACUUGUUGGGAAGAGUAUAGCUUGAUUCACAAUACUUCACAAUUGAGAAAGAUUCAACCAGAUGAUUCUAUCCCUCUCUCCUACCACGUGGGUCUUCUAGGUAUGCCAGGUUUUACUGCUUAUGUAGGAUUUUAUGAGAUCUGCAGCCCAAAGAAAGGGGAAUGUGUUUUUGUCUCUGCAGCUUCAGGAGCUGUUGGCCAGCUUGUUGGCCAACUUGCCAAGUUACAUGGCUGCUAUGUAGUUGGAAGUGCUGGAAGUAACCAAAAGGUUGAUCUUCUAAAGAACAAGCUUGGAUUUGAUGAAGCUUUUAACUACAAAGAGGAGGCAGAUCUAGAUGCUGCUUUGAAAAGGUACUUCCCAGAAGGCAUUGAUAUCUACUUUGACAAUGUUGGCGGGGCCAUGUUGGAUGCAGCAUUACUAAAUAUGCAGGUUCAUGGCCGUAUAGCAGUUUGUGGAAUGGUGUCACUCCAUAGCUACUCUGAUCCAAAAGGAAUCCACAAUUUGUUUUGUCUUGUAACCAAGCGCAUCAAGAUGCAAGGAUUAUUGCAAAGCGAUUACUUGCAUAAGUUCCCACAAUUUUUGGAACAUGUCACUGAGAGCUACAAACAAGGGAAGAUUGUGUACGUUGAAGAUAUGAGUGAAGGAUUAGAAACUGCUCCUGCUGCUUUUGUUGGACUAUUCUCCGGUAAAAAUAUUGGGAAGCAGGUCGUAUGUGUAGCCCGAGAAUGACUCUUCUCAACAGGUUGGACAAACUCGAAGUUGUAGCAGCUGUGAUGCUUUUGUGCCUUUUAUUGAACUUUUUGCAUUUCACUUGUCUAGUGUUUGUCUGUGCAAGCUAAACUUUUUUAUUAAAAUAAAAUAAUGCUCAAACUUACCCCUUUAUUAAGGAUCUGGUUAUUUACAC